UUGCUAAAUAUGAUAACUAGAUAGCCAACAAAAUUACAAAAAAAUAUUUAAAUAGUAAAAAAUAUGUUAAUUUAACGUGUUAAAAUUUAAAAAUAAAUUUAAAGUAUGGCAUGCAUUCUUAACAUUUAUAUAAAUAUAUUUCAUAGCCUAAAUAUAAAUAAUUUAACAACUUAAAUUAGAAAAAAAGUAAAAAUUCCGGGCGUAGCCCGGGUUAAUCCCUAGUUCAUAGCAAAGUUUGGUGUCAACACGUGAACAACCAAAAGAGAUUUGGUAACUUUCCUAUAACUUUUCUUCUUCAUUUUCUUUGUUUUUAAUAUGAGCAUUUUUUAUUUUUGGGAAAUUGUUCUUUUAGAGCAAAAAAUGAUAAUUAUAUCCAAGUUCUAACAACCUAACUUUUUUUUUGUCAAACAACAACCUAACUUUAAAAACCUACAUUCCAUCGCCUACCUAGUUCCAAACUUUCAAGUUCCGACAACUUCUAACGCUUUUUCUAAAUAGUUACCUUUUUCUUUGAUGGAGCUGUCUUUUUUGCUCGUGCUAGGAUCAGUGUUAAUUUUACUCUUGCUAGGACCAAUAUUGAUUUUGGUCAUGCUAGGACCACUUGCUUGAUCAAUCUUUCCCACCAAUUCAAUCACCACUAAAGUUGUCCUCAGCUGUGUAACCUUAGCCUCAAUUUUCCCAACCUAUCGGUUACAACUGUCUCAAACUGUUCAGUUCUCUCUGAAACUGUCCUGAGUUGUGUAACCUUAGUCUCAAUCUUCUCCAACCUGUCCAAAAACUGCUGACAGAAUUUCUCCCCAAAAGUAGUAAAAGAAGCUUGUACCAGACCCUCCAAAAAAAUUUUCAUAUCUGUGUCAAUAUUCCCUUUUGAUGAAGCAGCUAGUUGGCACAAGACAUUUCUUCCUUGACUCUGCUCCUCGGUCCGCAUGCUUUCUCUUGUUUCUUCCCGAAACAUCAACUGUGCCAUCAACAUUCUCUGCAACAUGACUAUUCUCACCCCUCUCAGUAUCAGCUGAUUGAUCCUCUCUUUUCUCUUCGUUAGCUUCUUCAAAUUCGGAGCUCGUAGAUUCUUUUACUCCCCAAACAUGAUUGUUCCAAUCAUGUUUUCUAUUGAUCAUAUCCAAAAUACGAUCCACUCUUUCAUCUUUAUUUUCAUCCUUCUGUACAAAAUCAGUUGUCAAAAGGACUACUCCAUCUAUGUGGAAUUCCAUGAAUGAAUGCAAAAUCCUCUAAAAACAAUCAAAUCAUUAGAAAAGUGAACAAGACAAUAAACAUUUUUAUUAGAAAAAUAUAUGUAUGCAUACGUUUUCUGGGAAUAAGUUUUCAACGCUAAUGAUAUCUUCAUAAGAACAUUUUGCACAUCCUCUCCAAUUACCACAAGACCUGUAAAAUUUUUGCUGACUUUUGUGCCACAAAUCUCUCCUAAAGCAGGAACAUAUUCCAUUAUCCAAAUCUGAAAACCAAACAAGAAUCCUUCCAUCAGAUACCCCUCCUUCUACUCUAAUUUAUGCCUUGUUUUAUCAAUCUGCUUCAGAAAGAAAUCAAACGAGUACAAACACCAUGGAUAAUUCCAAAGCUUCUCCAAAUCCAUCGCCAACUUCAUGUACAUAUGCGGGAUAUUCACCUUCUCAUCCUUCCCCAUCACCACACCCAUAAUAACGCAAAGAUAUAUCAGUCUUACCCUAUCAACCCAAGUCCAGGUAUUGCUCUCUUCCAAAUGCUUUUUUUUUAUGAACUGCAAGUUUAUUUUUCUAUUUGUCUUUAUCUGAUUGCUCCAAAAACCAUCAUCAUCUUUCCAUGUCACUAACCCACUGUUCUUCUCUCGCUUCACUUCUUAUGUCUCUUGCUUGUCAUCAACUCCUUACACAAGAAUGAGUGUACCAACCUCGCCGAAAAAUUCAGAUCAUUCUUUUGGAUAACCAUAAUAUGCGAGAAAAUGAGAUCUUUCAUAACUUCAUCGAGUUCUGGCUCUAUUUUUUUCUUCAGCAGCUCGAGAAGUUUUAGUCGGCAGCUGUUAUUAAUCUUCUUAACAUGAGGUUCCAACCCCUCACCGUAUAAACGACUAGGCAACUUUAACUCCAUACCUGAAAAUUGAAUACAAUACAACACAAUAGCUAUUAAUAACAAAUAUCACAGUUCAGUUAAAUAAUGUCUCUUAAUAUUUUAUCAAUAACCAAUGUCAACAAAACUUAAAAGAAUUAGCAUUCUCACUGUAUCAAUUCCAAUUUUCUGGUGUUUUGAUUUAUUUUUUAAGAACAAAAGCUAAAAUUUCUAAAUCUAUCCAAAAAUAUGUUUUAAGCCCUGGAUUGUGUACAUAAUCGUCUCAAAUCAUCACCUUAACACAUGAUUGAAGCCUAAACAUCCUAACAAACUCAAAAAAUUACCUUUUACCUUUGUAUUUUCAAACUCUAGAAAGAAGUGGAGAUAGAGUUUCAUACCUUUGCAAAACGAACUAAAGAGUGAUAGAUUCAUAAAAAGCUCACGAAAUCGUAUGGGUUAGGCCAAAGAAUCGUCCAAAUCAGAGUGAAAUUGAGUGAUUUAGGGUUUAUGAACUUGAGUGAGACUUUGAUUUUCUCCCCCUUUGUUCGUGAAGGAGAUGAGAAAUUAUGGGUUUCAUCCCAAAGAAAUCGAGUUUAAAGAGUUGAAAUCAUGAUUGGUCGGUUCAAAUCAAGUGAGAAUCAAUCCGGGUAUAAUCGAAGAAAACCAAAAAAUUGAUUUGGGAUACUUUCCUGGGCACGGGAUCGAUCGAACUAUAUUGAGAGAUCGAUCUAUCUAUAUAAAUUGACUUUCGCCGAUCGAGUGAAAUGGACCAGGUCGAUCAGUAUAUACUCCGUAUUUUUUUUCUGCAUAAUGAUCGGGAUCAAUCGAUCCGUUUGACCUUGUAAAUUCGGAUCGAUCAAUCACGCAUGAUCGAACUCAUUAUUUAUUUUAUUUAAAAAAAUUACAAUUUUAAGGGCAUUACUGCUAUUUUGCAAAAAAUUAGUCUAAUGAGACAUAAAUUAAUAGAGAUUAGUAUAAAGGAACAUAGUUAUUGUUUUUUUUUCUCUAAAAAAAAAUUUUCGGUUUUAUUUAUUUGUUUCAUGUAAAACCAUUCUAAUCUUCUCAAUGUCAUUCUAUUCUUAUCCUGAUGUUCGAAGAGAUACCAUCGAAUUUCCUUGUUAGCCAAAUAUAUAAUUUGUUUACAUACAAUAUAUAUUAAGUACAUAAAAUUAAUAUAUAUAUAUAUAUAUAUAUUAAUAUUAGUUAUAGAAAACUGAAUAUAAAGAUAUAUUUAACUGUGUAAAAUAUGUGUAUGUAAAUAUAGCUUAAGAUAUAUAAAUAAUUUUUUAAAAAGUAAAAAUGUUUCUGAAAUAGAAAAUGAACAAACACAUUUAUUAAAAUAUUUAGAAAAUAAACUAAGUAAUAGACACAUAAAUAUAUGAUAACUAAUUUAAAUAAUAAUAAUAUAUAACUACAUCCAUUAUUAAAACAUAAUUAUUGUAUAACAUAACGUUUCUUGUAUUUCUUAAAAUUUUACGAAAGAUAAAAUUAUCUUGUCAAAAUGGAUAUUCACGAUUAUUUUACUCUAUGAAAUGUACAUGUCAUCUCAAGGGAUUGAGAAUUUAACAUGACAACAAAAUUUCACAAUGAUUAAUGGUUGCGAGGUUAAUGGAACCAUAUUCCCGUUUUUCAAAAAAAAAAAAAACAGAAACAGAAGCUACUGAAAUGAAGGACUACAGACUGAUCUCGUGCUGUAAUGUUCUAUACAAAGUCAUAUCGAAGAUUAUUGCGAAUCGACUAAAACGUCUUCUCCCCCAGUUUAUCUCAGCAAACCAGUCAGCUUUUGUUAGUGAGAGACUCUUGAUUGAAAAUCUCCUGCCACUACUGAAAUUGUCAAGGAUUACCAUAAGGAAAAUAUAUCAUCUCGAUGUGCCAUCAAGAUUGAUAUCUCCAAGGCUUUUGACGCUGUCCAAUGGCCUUUCCUCCUUAAUACUCUCACCGCUAUGAACUUUCCUCAUCAGUUCAUUUACUGGAUCUCUUUAUGCAUAUCAACGCCAUCUUUCUCAGUUCAAGUUAAUGGAGAGCUGUCUGGUUAUUUCCAGAGAAAGAGGGGACUUCGACAGGGAUGCUCUCUUUCUCCGUACCUGUUCGUCAUUGUUAUGGAUGUUCUAUCUAAACUUCUAGACAAGACGGCAAGCACUCAAAAUUUUGGCUAUCAUCCUCGCUGCAAAAGUCUAAACCUGACCCACCUGACGUUUGCAGAUGAUCUUAUGGUAGUCACAGAUGGGAAAGUGUGAUCUGUAGAAGGAAUAGUUGACGUGUUUGACAUGUUUGCAAAAUACUCAGGCCUGAGAAUUAGUAUGGAAAAGCCGACCAUGUACCUGGGAGGGGUAACAGAAGACAUCCAGAUGGAGCUGGAGAAUAAAUUUCAUUUCAAAAUAGAUAAACUUCCGGUGCACUACUUGGGCUUACCACUAACCACCAAAAGUAUGAAUACUACUGAUUACCAGCCUCUCAUCGAGACAAUAAGAAUGCGAAUAGGAUCCUGGAAAAACCAGUACUUAUCUUAAGCCGGUAGACUUGAGCUUCUUGGCUCAGUUAUAUGGAACAUCUCCAGUGUCUGGUUAUCAGCUUUUCGUCUACCGAAGGCGUGUAUUCGAGAAAUCGACAAGAUCUGUUCGGUCUUCCUAUGGUCAGGUAGUGAUCUUAACCCUCGGAAAGCAAAGUUGUGUUGGGAAGAGGUUUGUCGCCCUAGAGAAGAAGGUGGGGUUGGUCUCCGUUCAUUAAAAGAUAUGAACAAUGUUACCGUCCUAAAGCUCUUUGGAGGUUAAUCUCUAACAAAUCAUCACUCUGGGUCAGAUGGAUUCACUCCACACUCCUUAAGAAUGAGUCUAUUUGGUCUGUCAAAGAUAAUGAUCAAAAAGGUUCAUGGAUGUGGCGAAAUUUUUUGUAAGUUCGAGGGCUGGCUCCGGAGUUCUGUAAAGUUGAAGUUUAUAAUGGGAAAGGGGCAUCUUUCUGGUACGACCAGUGGUCUCCUUUAGGCUGCUUGAUGGAUAUGUUGGGAACAAGGGGUCAGAUCUAUACGAGAAUACGACAACAUGAUACGGUGCAUACUGCAAGGACAAAACGUAGAAGAAGAGUCCACCGCUCAGCGGGUCUGAUUCAAAUUGAGAACCAGCUCCAGUCUUUAUCUCGUUCUGAAGAGGAGGAUGUUGUCCUUUGGAAAGGGAAACAAUAUAUUUACAAAGAUCAGUUUCUUACUUCAGAAACUUGGAAUCACAUCAGAACUAAAAAAGAAAAAGUCUCUUGGCACAGAGGAAUCUGGUUCACUCAUGCUACGCCAAAGCACAGGUUCUGUACUUGGCUAGCUAUUCGUAAUCGGCUCACAAUGGGAGAUAAGAUGGUCACCUGGAACGCUGGGAUUGAUGGGACAUGUGUUCUAUGUAUGCAGCAGCUGGAAACGAGAAACCAUCUAUUUUUCGGCUGCGAUUACUCCUCAUCACUAUGGUACAAGCUGAUGAAUGUUUUUAUGGGUAAUGGUUACUCAGAAGAGUGGAUUGAUGUCGUGCUCUUCAUACAGAAACCAAACCUGGAUCGAACCAGGAGCUUCCUUGUUCGUUACGUUUUUCAAUCUACAAUCUACAUGAUUUGGCGUGAGAGAAACUGCCGCAGGCAUGAUGAGAGGCCGCGAUCUCCUGAAGUUCUCUUUGCCAUGAUUGACAGACUGGUCAAGAACAGAAUUAUUUCCAUUAGAGCACAAGACAUGAGACUUGAUUGUGCUUUCCAACUUUGGAUUGGAGCUGUACAAGCUUGAUUCUUUAUUAGGUCUUUUGCUUGCAAUUUUAAUAUGCUAAAGUGGCUCUUGUUGGCUCUUGCUGUAAAAGAAAUACAUUUUUUCUUUGAAUUAAAUUUAACAUUUUAUUCAAAAAAAAAAAACAUAUUGGUUUUGCAAAAAAAAAAACAUAUUUGUUUUUCAAGCUUUUAAAAAAACAUAGUGGGUCUUUUGUUCUUUUGCUAAACAAAACAUAUUGGUUUUGCUCUGGUAAUAUUUCUAAUCGGCAUGUUCAUUCCAACAAAACCUAAAACUACUUAAACCAGAUGUUUUAAAACAGUCUUUUAAUAAUGACAAUGACGAACAUAUAGAAGAAGUCUUCUAAUAUCUAUGAUUUCUCUCAACGUAAAUGUUGCAUAUGUGAUAUGUCCAACAUGUUACUUUAGUAUAUCCUCAUGAUUGUUGAAUGACAGUUUUAUUAUUUCAUUUUUUAAUCGGCACUUUGGUCUUUCUUUUAUUUCCUCGUUUGUCAACGUCUUACUAAACUGUUACUAUGUUAUUGGUUUCUACAUUUUAAUGAAUUUGAAAAUCCAAAUCAAAUGUAUUGUUAUUGGUUAUAUGAUUUUAAAUUUUUUUAUUCAAAUUCACUGUUAUUGGUUUUAUGAUUCUAAAAUAGAUUUUCAAAUCAGGUGUUAUUCAAUUGUAAGGAUUUGAUUAAACAUUUGAUUUGGAUUUGGAUUUGAAAUUUUGAAUAGUUUUAGAAGUGUUUUAAAGAGUAAAAUACAAAGAAACAAAUAUUGAGUCAUACUUUGUUAUUUUGAUUGGAUUUGUUUUAUUGGUAUUUUUUUCCUAUAAGAAAUCUAUACCGAGAACCCUAGAGAAACUUUUUAAAAUAAAUUAUAGGCCACUUUAGAAGUAUUGGUUUUUUGAUUGUUCCUCACAGUAUGCCUAGAAGUCAACGCGACCAUGGAAACAGAGACAAGAAAGAAUGACAAACAGACGUUUUUUAGCUUCGGUAUUGACUAAUGACUAGAUAUCGUUACAGGCAAGAGAAAAAACAAUGGUUCAUCUAAUGAUGAUGAUGAAUAUGUAGAAGGUCUUCUUAGUUGGGUAAGUACAAAAGACAAAACUUGUGAUUAGGUUUCGUUUUUAGUCAUCCUUUUUUACUAAGGUCUUAUUAAAUGAAUGUACGAUUAUGUUUUGUCUCUCAGGUAUGGAGAAGCUGGAGAGAAAACGUUAUACUAAGCAUGAUCGAUCCGAGUUUAACCCCAGUAUCAAGGAACGGUAUCUUGAUGCAUACAGAUUGGUCUAUUAUGUGUUCAAGAGACUGGAGCGAGUAGACCAACAAUGGCUUUGGACAUCAAAAACCUUCAGAAGAAGGAAAAUAUAUAUAUCACAUGAAGAUGAUAAUUAAUUAGUUGCAAAUCCAUUCAUUCAUCUAUAAAAAUCCAUUUAUUUUGAUUUUGAAAUGUAUAUCAAUGAUUUUGAAAUCUGUUUGUUUGAUUUUGAAAUCUGUUUGUUUGAUUUUGAAAUCGAAGGAUUUGUCAAUAAUUUGUACAUCCAAAACUUUUUUAUAAAUCCACUAAAAUACUAGAACCAAUAACAUUUGUUAAAAUAAAAUCACUAAUAUAACGAAAUGACAACAGAUCGUGAGAAUAAGCAAUUUUUUUUGUCAGCUGUUGAAUAAGCGAUUUAGUAGGGAAAAUCCAUUUCUUUUAAAAGCUGUAUUCAUCAAUUAAAAACUAAAUUAUAUUUUCCCAAAAAAAAAUUCUAAAAUUUACGAGGGAGAAACAAUGAACAACGUUUUAAUCCUUCCAAUGUGAAAUUAGCUAAAAAGUUACGCUUUACACCAGAAUCAUGUCUUUUAUUGGUGACCUCCAAGUACCCUUUAUAAAGUUACACAAAAAAAACUGAUUUUGUUUUAUGGGGAUUCCUGUAAACAUUUUUUUUCCAAUGUUCUACCUAGUUUGGAUUUUUUAAAAUCUGAAAUCAAAACUUUUUUGUGUAGGAUAAACACGUUAAACCAAUAGAUUAAAGAAAUUUCCACAAUAUCUAUUUUGAAUUUUUUAUUUGAAUUUGAAAGUGAGUUUUUUUCUUUAAUUAAUAUACUUUAGUUUUAAAUUAAAAUCUAAAAUAUAAUCUCAAAAGAUGAAUGGCACAACUAUUAAUGAUUAUGACGAGAUUUAAUGGCAUACUAGGUGGUUGCCCGCGAAUUCGCGAAUAUAAAUAGUUUUUAAGUUCAAUAUAUAUAAUAUUUGUUAUGUUUUGACAAGAUAUAAUAUAUAUAUUUAUUAUUUAUAAAAUGUGAAUUUUAUUUGUUAUAUAUUUAUAAUAAACAGAUUUAUAUUUUCUUAUUUCCUUAAGAAUAGAAAUAGUAUGAUUUGUAAUGUUUUAUUAUAUUUAAUCAACAACUAUAGUAAAAAUAGUUAAUGUAUGCUCCAAUUUAAUUUGUUUACAGUAUUAUUAUAUGUUAUGUAAUUUUGAUUUCCAAAUGUCAUUCAAUUAAUAUGACCUUCAAUUUCCGAUAAUAUUUUCUAAAAAUAACAUAUAUACGAAAACACAAAUAAUAUUUUUCUAAAAGAUGAUAUGAACAUACUAAUUGCUGAAAUCAGAAAAAAAUUCAUCGGCUAGUACGUUUAGAGUAAUUGGCCAUAUGGAUUAUUUAACAUUAAACAUGCUAGAUUUGAUAUAAAUAACCAAAUAAUUUUGGCUAGUGGAAAGUUUAGAGACAUUGUGUGCAACACUCAAUGAAAUAAUGCAGAUAAAUUAAAACAGUUUGACACACCUUAUAUAUACGAUUAAUAUGGAAUUUGAGUCAAGUCUAUAUGAUUAUUCUUAAUUUUUAUGUAUUAUUAUUCUUAAAUUUUGGCUAGUAGAAAGUUCACAAACAUUAUAUGCAACAGUCAAUGAAAUACUUCAAAUAAGUUAAAACAGUUUGACACACCACACAUAGAUAACUAUUACUCCUCUGUCUCAUAAUAAGUGUCAUUCUAACUUUUUUUUUCUUGGUACACAAAAAGUUUCACUUUACAAUUCAAAUGCAAAUUAUACUUACUUUCAGAUGAAAAUUAAUUGCAAACUGCAUUGUUUUUAUAAAUAAUUUUAUUUAUCUCAAAUACUAUUGGUCAGAAAGAUGUAAUAAUAACAACUUAGAUAUAUUUCCGCUACUUUCUUAGUCUGUAUGAAAAAUGUCAAAGUGACACUUAUUCAGAAACGGAGGGAGUAUGGUAUUUGAGUCAAGUCUAUAUGAUUAUUCUUAACUUUUGUGUAUAAUUAUUUAUAAGAUGCACAAGUAACAAAAAUUUAACUACUAAUUUUAUUUUAUUUUUAUUUAUUUAUAUAAUAUGCAAAAUAAUUUUUACAGAAUUUGCUUAAAAAUGUAUUUUUAAAAUGUAUAACAUAAUUUCUUCAUUUGUAAAAACCAUAUUGUUUUGUACAGAUUUUUUGAUGGAAAAUGCAACUUCAUUUUGUUUUGUAUAUCUAUAUUUAGUUUACCUUUUUAAUUUAAAAUUAAAUUAUAUAUACACGUUUGUAUAUCAUUAUCUAUACAAUACACAACUAACUAAAAUUACUAAUUACUAAUUCAUUUGAUUUUUUAAUUAUAUAUAUAUAACAUACAAGGAAAAGUUUUUAAAUCUCUUUUUUCUUUACCAUUUCAUUUUAAAAUGUAUGAAAUAAUCUAACAGUUUCUUCAGUACUUAAUGAUUUUAUAUAUUUGUUAAUAGAAAAGCUUAAAUAUGUUUCUUAUCAAGAGUUACUUUUACUUUUACUCUAAAUUAUAUUAUAUAUAAUUUUGCAUAUUAUUAUAUAUAUAAUACAUAAGUAAUAAAAAGUAUUAACCACUAAUUGUAUUUUGUUUUUAUUAUCUAUAGAACAUGCAAAGGAAGUUUUUAAAUCUCUCUUAUACGAAUAAAAUAUAUUUUAAUAGAAAUUAUAAUUUAACAUGUAUUCUAUAAGUAGUUUUUAUACAUAAUAUUAUUUGAUAUUUUGUUAUCUAAUUUUUUUAUAACUUGCCAAAAGUUACAAUAUUAGCUAGAUAUAACUGGAAACAUUAUAAUAAAUGAAAAUCUAGCAUUGAUGACACAAUUUCCUUAAAUACAAAUUUGUGAUAGUCAUUAUUGGUAAGUAUUAUUUGUUUGGUUAUUGAUAUAAGUUGAUUCUUGAUUUAGUUUUUUUUAGAACUGAGUUAAGUAAAUCAAAAAUAAAAAAAUCAUCAACCAAACAAAUUAAAACAAUUAAUUAGAGAGCUUUCAUAUGAGUGACACAUAAACAAAUAUUACUAAAGUUACUUCUCAAUUAAUAUAUAGUAGGAUAUCGUAUUCCCAUUUUAUUAUCAUUUUGGUUUUUCUUUGAUAAUAUUUCUACUCGGUCUUUUGGUCAUUUGAUAGUGAUGACGGCGAAAAGAGAGAACAAGUCUUCUAAUGGUUGUAUAUGAUUUUUCUCAACGUAAAUGUUACUUCAGUAUUUAUAUUCUUUUCUAUUCGGUCAUAAUAUAUCCUCACGAUUGAAGAAUGAUAGCUUUAGUAUUUCUUUUAUUUCUUCAUUUGUCAAUAAUCUACCAAAUUAAUUACUAAGUUUACAUAAAUGUAAUUCUAUAAAAUUUAUUUUCAAAUUUGAGAUCAAGAUAUAAAGAAUAUUAUGUUUGACAUGUUAUCCCUAGGGAUUGAGCAUUUAACAUCAAAGCAAAAUCGUACAACUAUUAAUGAUUAGUACAGGUUAAAUGGCAUUUAUUAACAUUUUGGUUUUGCUUGGUAAUAUUUCUAAUCGGUCUUUUGAUAAUGGCGAUGACAAACUUAGAAAAGAAGUAUGAUUUCUCUCAAUAUAACGUCGCAUAUGUCCAACAUUGUUUUCUUUACUAAAAUUUUGCAUUAGUUUAGAUGAUCAGCAUACAACUAGGAGCAAGAAACAGAACAACAAUACACUAUGUCCAGGGCCGUCUCAAAUUAUACUAAGGUCCUGUUUAAAAAAAAUAUUAACUAUAUAUUUUUUUUUCUGAAUUGAAGUUAAAUUCAUUACAAGAAAAAAUCUUUUUGAAUUAAUUAUAUAUUUAACAAUGUAAUGAAAUAAUUUUAAAAGUUAAUAAUUUUAUCUAUAUAAAUUUGACGUUUCUCUUUUAAUUAUAUAUUAUAAAUUUAAGAAUGCAGUAAAAAUUUAAAAUUUUAAACCAAAUUCAUAUAUUUAUUUUAAAAAAUUUCUUAAGUAUUUAUUUUAUUUUAAAGUUUGGGCCAUGUUUGACCGCUCCACUAACACAUGCUAUUAGAGGGCCCUGUGUAUGUCCAACAUGCUACUUUAGUUUUUUAUACUUGGUUUGUAUUCGGUCAUAAUUUGUUCUCACGACUGAUGAAUGAUAGCUUCAGUCUUUCUUUUAUUUCUUCAUUUGUCAACCAUUUACUAAACUAUUACGAAAUUGCUCAAGAGUGACUUUAAUAUUAGCUAAAAAUAUAUAUAAUCAAAUGACAACAUUUGAAUAUAACAGUUGUAUUAAUUAAUUUAGGAGAAAAUAAUUCAUUUCUUUUAACAGUUAUAUUAAUUAAUACAAACUAAAUUAUAUUUUCUAAAAAAUAUUCUAAAAAUUUAGGAGGAAGAAAUAAUGAACAACAUUUGAAUCCUUCCAAUGUGAAAUUAGCUAAAAAUUCAAGAUCUGCACCAGAAUGAUAUCUUUCACUGGUGACUUCCAAGUGUUUUCUAGGAAUUUGCAAAAAGGAAACUGAUUUGUUUUUCAAAAUUAGUCUAAAGAACAACAUUCCAAUACCUAAACAGAUUUUUCAAAGCUGAGUUGUUUUUGAAAAAAAAUAUUUUGCCCUUUCGAAUCUUGGAAUCACAAAGACAAUCCCCCUAAGGACUCUCGGAAUCCUCAACCGACAACACUCCUUUCGUGGUGUUCUUCAGAACUCUUCAAAACUGAGUUUUUUUCUGAUAUGCUUUAUGCAAAUUGAAUAAAGCUAUAAUUUAAAGAAUUAUAGUCCAAUGCCUAAACUAUCUUAUUUCCAUAUACAAAAAAAAACUAAUCUGAGGGCAUGAUCAUAUUUGUGUGUUCGUGCACAUGAUCUAAUAUAUAACAGAAUACUUUUACAACUCAUCCGUUUGAAGCUCUCAAUGAGUUUUCACAUAUUGAACAUCUUGCCUUCUAUUUCUAUUCAGAACCAAAUCCUUUUUGCUGUUCUCUUUCACAAACAACCAAAGUAUGAUCAUCUUAAAGUGUUUGGGUGUCUAUGUUUUCCUAAUCUCAAUCAUUUUAAUUUUCACAAACUUGCUCCUCGAUCAACACCUUGUUUGUUUCUUGGUUAUCCAUCUCAACAUAAUGGAUAUCGUUGUCUUGAUCUAAAGACCAACAAAAUCAUACUUUCUCGUCACGUUUUCUUUGAUGAGGCUGUUUUCCCAGCUGCAGAAAAAGCUAUAUCAUCAUCAGAGUAUCACUUUCUUCAAGCUGAUGAUGAACCAUCUCCUUUGUUUAAAGCUAUUCUUCAAACAGGUUCCCAGCCGGGUCCUGCUAUUCAUCAUCAGCCAACUACUUCAAAUAUUCAAACCACAACCUCUGUUCCUUCUCUACCGCAACCUCAAACCGUUCCUGCUCUUACUCAUGCAAUGCGGACUCGGUAUUACAAAGCCAAAGAAACAGUUUACUUUACUUUCCACUUUCGCCUCUGCCUACUAGUCACAAAACAGCCUUAUUGGAUCCAAACUGGAAACCAGCAAUGGAUGAUGUUAUUGACUCUUUUAUUGAGACUAAGACUUGGGAUCUGGUUCCCAGACCAAGCAACACUAACAUUAUUAAUUGCAUGUGGUUAUACAAGCAUAAGUUGGAUGCAAAUGGACAACCGUUUAAACACAAACCGCAACUGGUGGCCAAUGGCAAGUCUCAGGAAGAAAGCGUGGAUUACAAUGAAACUUUCAGUCUUGUUGUGAAACCAGUUACAAUCAGAACAGUCCUCGAAGUCAGCCUUGCCAACAACUGGCCAAUACAUCAGCUCGAUGUCAAAAAUGCGUUCCUUCAUGGUCUUCUCGAUGAAACCAUAUAUAUGCAUCAACCACCGGGAUAUCAAAACAAGGAACUUCCAGACUAUGUGUCCAAGCUCAACAAAGCCAUUUAUGGCUUGAAACAGGCUUCUCGUGCCAGGAACUCUCGCUUUGCUACUUUUGUCACUAACAUGGGUUUCAAAUGCAGUCACAGUGAUGCCUCCCUUUUCAUAUUCAACAAAGGAUCACGCCGAGCUUCUCUUCUUCUCUGCGUAGAUGACAUUAUCCUGACUGCGUCUGAUGACAAAUUCCUCAACCAGAUUAUUGCGAAGUUACAAACAGAGUUUCCAGUGUCCGAUUCUGGUAAACUACACUUCUUUCUUGGUGUUAAAGCUGGGUUCAUCAAUGGCGGCAUCUUCCUCAGUCAAAAAGCCUAUGCUACAUACAUUAUUAAUCACGCUGGUAUGAAGGACUUCAAACCUCUGGCUACUCCCAUGGACUUAAACUUAAAGCUCAUGGCUGAUGUAGGUGAACGAGUUCCGGAUCCUACUCAAUAUUGCAGACUUGCGGGCGCUCUUCAAUAUUUAACAGUCACUCGUCCAGAUAUAUCAUAUGCAGUUCAUCAGAUAUGUCUCUAUAUGCAUGAUCCGAGACUUCCUCAUCUUCAUGCUCUCAAGCGCAUUAUACGAUAUCUCCAAGGAACGUCAGGCUUUGGCUUACAACUCCUCAAAGGGCGCAUCGAUGAACUCGUAGCUUACUCAUACGUGGACUGGGCUGGCUGUCCUGAUACUAGUCGCUCUACAUCUGGAUGCUGCGUGUUCUUAGGCUCUAACCUCAUCUCUUGGUCUUCAAAAAGACAGCCUACCACUUCUCGCUCAAGUGCAGAGUCAGAGUAUAAAGGUAUAGCCAAUGCAGUAGCUGAGCUCACUUGGAUACACAAUCUCUUGCUCGAGCUGGGUUAACCUCUCUCCAAAGCUUCUAUUGUCUACUGUAACAAUAUAAGUUCAGUCUACAUGACCCAAAAUCCUGUCUGUCAUCAACGCACGAAGCAUGUUGAGAUUUAUCUUCAUUUUGUACGAGAAAAAAUAGCUCUUGGUCACGUAAGAGUUCUAUUUGUUCCCUCCUGCCAUGAUUCGACUGCGGAAGGGUGAUAGAAGGGAUAUCUGUUAAUAGAUAAACCACAAUCUUUUGUAGUUACAAUACUCUUGUAACAACUCUAGCUAUAUAAGCUAUGUCAAUACAACAACUCUCCUCAAGGAGAUUAAUCAAUUUUCACUAAUGAGCUAUUUGUAGGGUUACAUUCAUGUACAACUAAUACUACAAAACCAAAAGAAAAUCACUCAUGAGAAUGUAAUUAAAGAAGCACAUGUUUGUUUGUCUUGUCUGAGAUCAGGAAGACGUACACAGGCACUGCGUAUUUGUGUGUACUAGGUUAACCAGUUUGAUAUGAAUGCAACUUAAAAGGUGUAUGGAUCAAACCGCGAUUUAGAAAGUGAAAAUAAAUCCGACAAAAAAGAAGCCGCGUAAGUUUUAAGUAUAUCGUUAAAACUUGCAAACCAGACUAAUAUAAUCAACAAUCAGUGCCGAUCCGGACUCACGUGGUGCCUAAAGCGCACAUAAAAAUUAUUACCCUUAGGUUAUAUUUUUUUAUUUAAUAAAAAUAUCAUUAAAAUAUAUUUAAAAAAUAUAUUUAGAAAACAUUAUAUUAUUUGUGAAAAAAAAAUUUUAAGCAGUUUUUGUGUUUGGGUAAAAAUUAUUCAUUAGUUUUAAAAAUGUCAGUAUCUCAACGGCUUUUGAAGUUUUAUUUGACAAUUUUUAAGUUAAUAAAAUUUCUAUAACAUGAUUUUUUUUCCUAUGAUUAAAAUAAAGGGGAAUUGCAUCAUACAUCAAUCAAACAAAUUAUAAUUCACCCACUACCGAAAAGCCCUGUUUUUUUAAUAUACACGGUACACAUUAUAGAUUAUCGCCAUAUUACCCUUUUCAACCAACCGAUGAAACCUACUAACAAAAAUAAUUAAAAAUAUAUAAAAAACUUUUAGCCACAUCUUCUAAUCUAUCUCCACCACCGCCACGUCUCUACUCCACCAUCUCUUUCCAGUGUCUCUCUUUCAUCUUCAGAUUAUCAACAAAAUCAUACAUUUUCUUCUGUCACAUAAUUCUUCUCUUUCAAUACUUCACCAAAAGAACAAUCAAUUGUACUAAAGAAAAGACAACGAUGAAGUCAUAGACCAUCCAGUGGUGAAGAACAUACAACGAUGAAAGCGUAGACGGUGAGCACACACAACAACUCUUUCAUUUUUUUCUCCUUUUUUUUCUUAAAUCAAUUGAUUCUCACAAUCAUAAUUUUGUUUACAUACUCUGUUUUCGUUUCUGUUUUUUUUUUUACAUAUCCAGUGAUGAAGAACAACGACGGCGAGUCGGUAAAAGCAUCAUCGUGUUGGAAAAAAGAGAGGAGAUGAAGACAAUCUCUAUAUGGUGGUGAAGAAUAAUGAUGGUGAACGAAAUGAAUGUGCAUCAGCCUGUCUAAAAAAAGAAUUGAAGAAGAUGAACUCGCCGUCUAUACUAUAUUUGGUGAAAUUAAUAGUAUAGUAUAUAUUCUUAAGUAUAGCUAUCUAUGUACGGUUACCAUACUAUUUGAGACAUAUUUCUAUACUACUCCUUAAAAAUAUAAUAAUAUGUCAUGUUUUAAAAUUUGAUAGGUCUCUUCUUUGUCAUUUUGUGUGAUUGAUUGUAAUAUAAAAUUCAUUUUUCGAAUGUUGGACAAAUUUGGUUAUUUGGAACAUUCGUUUACUAUACUACUUAGACUAUAUGAAAUAUAAGAUAUGCAACAUGCUAAACCAAGUAAAUAUGCUUUCAAGUGUUUAAUAUUGGAAAAUAAUUUAUAGAUUGUAUUUGGGUUUAUAGGUUCCUGCCUAGGGUUUAGAUUUACUAAGUAAAGGUUUAGGUAUAGUAAACCAUAUUAUAUAGAUUCUAUUUGGGUUAAUACUUCAUUGAUUAGGGUUUAGCUUAAUCUAUUUAUUUAGGUUUAGGGUUUAGGGUUUAUUUGGAUUAGAGUUUAGUGACUAAAAUUUAGGGUUUAGUAUUUAGAAGGUGAGAGGGUAUGGUUGAGGUGAGCAUUAACUUCUUUCAUGCAAUCAUAGAUAUUUUAUAAUUUCACCAAUAUCUACUAUGUUAUUUAUUUUGUUCCAUUCUAUUUGGGUUUUGUGUUUAUAUUUGGGUUUAAAGUUUAUAUUUGAGUUAGGAUUUAGUGAUUAGAGUUUAGGGUUUAGUAUUUGAAAAUUUAUGUUUGGGUUUUCUGUUUAUAUUUGGGUUUAGGGUUUAUACACUUUUUUUUUUAAUUUAUGUUUCUAUCCACUCAUUCUACUGCAUAUAGUAAAUAAAUAUGUUGUAUAUAAAUUUGUGACAUGAGUUUUUUUACGUGACGUGUUUGUAAAUUAUAGUGAUUCAUUAUUGACCAGCAAUAAAAAUUUCUUGGAUGGAUUAAAUUGGUACGUGGCUGCAUGUGUUUCUAUCAAAUAAAGUAGUCUUAAUUUAAUCUUCAUCCUAUGUUAUUUUGACCAAGUCAUAUCUAACAAUAUAAUAUUACUGGAUGAUUACAGGAAGAAGGAGCAAAACCGGAUAAUAAUUGGCAUAAAUGAUAACUAUUACUUUUAUUUUUACAACAAAUGAUAACUAUUACAUUACGUCAAAAUCAAUAUCACUCACUUAAUUUUGAUGCCAAAGUUGGUUAUUCAGCAAAUGCACCCUAAAAUAAAUUUAACAAUAAUUUUAAUUUGUGAAAUUUUGUUGAAAUUUUACAGAAUUCCAGAGAGCAUAACUAACUUCUAAUAAUUAUAUUUUUAUUCAGAUUUCAAUAAACUCCUGAAAUAUAUUAUAAAACGUACUUAUGAAAUAAAUAAAGUGAAUAGAAAAAAAAUAAGAAGGCUUAAGUAAAAAUGGGAAACACAUCAACUUCAGGAACAGUCAAUAAAAAAGGACAUAGUUACUUCUAAAUUAAAAAUGGUUAAGAAAUAUUAAAACCUAAAACAUAGAGUUUCGUUAAAGUAUAGUGAACUAAUAAUUAGGUUUUUUUUACUAUUUAUAAUUUACAUCAUAUUUAAUACAGUAUAAUAAAAGAAGCUAAAAUGGUUGAAAAGGGAAGAAACAAAGAUUCGUUUUACAUUAUUCAUUAUUAUUACUAUUAAAGAGAAAAUAAGAAAAAGUAAAAUUUGUAUAAUUAUCAAAAAAUAAAAUUAAACAUUAAUUUUAAAAU